AUGGAGUGGGCGUCGCCGCCGGUCCCCCUCCCUCUCCUCGCGAAUCCCAAGGCGUACGCCGCCGUCCUGGCGCUGAGAUGCGAAUCCGACGACCCAGCGCAUCUGACGGAGAAGGAGAGCACGUUGAUCAGCUCUUUCCGCGAGAGAAUCCCGCUGUGGAGGCAGCAGGCAGAGAGCGACGCAUCAGUGGACAACGCAGCAGAGAAGGCCGCCAGAUUCGAAGAAAGGCUAGCAUCAUUGUUGGACGAUUUCAGUGAAGACCCCGAGAGUCAUGGAGGGCCCCCAGAUGUCAUGCUGCUGUAUCGUCUGAGAGACCUUUGCUUGCGGGAGCUAAGCUUUGAAGACAUUUACAGACAUGCCAAGGACGAGUCAACCCGCACGGCUCUGCAACAGCUACCAGCCGUCCUUGCAGCCAUUGAUGACAUCAGCGAUGACGUCACCCGCUCCGAAACCCUCAUCCGGGGCAUGCUGGCCGGCAAUCUGGCCGCUCUGGAUGGCGCGGACCCCGCGGUUGGGUCGGCGGACUUUUUGUCUGUUUGUGACAGUCUGCCGCCCAAACCGUGGGCGGCGGAUGACAUGGGGGCGGCGGUGCAGGCAUGGAGCAACCGAGAGGAGGGCAAGUGGAGCAAGGCAGUGGUGCUGUGUGCGGGGGCGGGCAGAGAGACAGUGCUGGGGGUGCUUCCAGCAGUGAGGGAUCUGACCAGGCGAGGCGUGCAGGUGCUUCUGGUGGCGCCAGACAUGCCGUCAGGUGCUGCCAUCACACACGAGGACCUGAUAAAUCUCCUGAAGCAGGUGCAAGCAGCAGCACCGGAGGGUGACAUCAGCACGGCCAUCAGCAACAGUCGCAUCCUUAUCCUCAACUCCGGAUCCGACCUGCAGGUCCUUGACCUAUCUGCUGUUUCACCUGAGCUCGCCUAUGCCGCAUCGGAUGCUGAUGUCAUCAUAAUGCACGGCCAGACGCAUGUAUGGGAGACCAACUUCACUGCAAGGUUCAAGUGCUCUGCACUUCGGGUUGCAGUGUCGUACUUCUCCGCGCGCCUGGCCGACGGCGAGUCACGAGCGGCCAUCUUGCUCAGCAUCAAUCCGCCAGGAAGCCCAGGGGCGGGCUUUAUUGUCGCCUACCGGAUCUUCACGGCCCUCGCCUCCGGCCCGCCCGCCUCCCUCGCCUUCACAAAUACCACCGUCCCCGGAUGCGACCCGGCCAAGUGCAGCCUCGUUCCGGGCGCCAUCACCUGGCGGACGGCGGGUGUCCCCUCCGUUUCCCAGAGCUACAACGGGAUAUUCUGGACUUCGCCCGGAAAUGACCCUGAGCGUUACAACGUGUACAUCAAGAUUCUCGCGGGCAGUUACCCUAACGUGGCGAUGACGUACAGUGACUCGCAGACGGGCGCUGCGCGCACGGCGGUUUCGGAACCGUUCAAGCCGACCACGUUCAUGCAGUAUGGAAUCGGCAUCCCAAUGACAUCCCUCGCGUACAACCUCAACGUCCGCUUCACCUCCUACAUGCCCGGUGGCGCCAACCUCUCUCUCUCCCAAAGUGCUGACGGAUUCACCUUCCGCCUGGACUACACGUGGAUGGCAGUGGCGCCCACAGAGGAGCCCGCCACCAGCCGCCUGGUCAUCUUCUAUCAGACCGCGGCGCCCGCCUCGUCCUCUGCUUCUUCCGGCCGUCGCCGCCUCCUCAGUGCCGAGCCUCCGCCAGUUGGGACGACUGUGAGCAGCAGCAGCAGCAGCAGCAGCAGCAGUACGGACAAGCAGACGAAGGAGGAGGCGAGGAAGGCGAGAGAGGCGGCGAUUGCGGCGAGAAAGGCGGCGAUUGCGGCGAGAGAGGAGGCGAAGAGGGAGAGGGCAAAAGCCAAGGAGGAGGCAGUCGCAAAGAAGGAGGCUGCAAAGAAAGCCAAGGAGGAGGCGAUUGCGAAACGGGAUGCGGCAAAGAAGGCGAAAGAGGAGGCUAUUGCGAAGAAGGAGGCGGCCAAGCUGGCAAAGGAGCAGGCGAUCGCUAAGAAACAAGAGGCGAUGGCAAUUAGGGAGGCAAAGAAGCAGGAGAAGGAGAAGAAGACACCACCAUCGUCACCCCCCUCCCCACCUUCCCCUCCACCCCCCUCCCCACCUUCCCCUCCACCACCCUCCCCGCCUUCCCCACCACCAUCCCCACCCCCAUCCCCACCCUCCCCACCACCCUCCCCGCCCCCAUCUCCACCAUCCCCUCCCCCGUCUCCUCCCCCAUCCCCACCCUCCCCUCCCCCGUCCCCUCCCCCAUCCCCACCCCCAUCCCCUCCUCCUCCUGCUGUUCCCACCGUCUCAUCCGUCUCCCUCCCUCUCGGCGGCUACUCCAACACGUGCCCCGCUGGCAGCACCGACUGCCCCAUUUUCUACGCUGUGAUUGGCGCGCAGCAGUGGUUCUUCUCAGCCGCCUGGGGCUUCCCCACACAAGCAGCUCGCGAGGCAGACCCUAGAUAUGUGGCGCUGAAUGCGCUCAUGCAGUAUGCGCUGACUGGUGUGAAGGGGAGGCUGGUGAACGCAAGCAUGAUGCUGGAGGCGUCUGGCAGCGGCAAGGGGCCGAACGAUCUGCUGCAGCGAUAUUAA